AUGACAGGAAAUGUGGUGGUAUCGACCAUAAUCUACACUACUUGUAUUCUAUAUGAUGUGCUAGACGAUAUUGCUCAGUUUCUACGAGCUGGCUAUAGUCUUCGCCCCCAUUUGAGCCUCUUAAACUCCACUAAUGUGGCCAUUGGUACUGGUCACGUGAUUAGCCUGACAAUCACUAGCUGA